AUGAGAGUCGCUUUUACACUACAGCAAUUCAUCGGACCACGAACACCUCAAUUAUCUAGCUAUUCGAAAGUUGUGUUUUCCAAAAAUAUCAAAGCUCCAUCGAAACCUCGCUUCCUAAACACUUUCUCGACGAUGUCUCUCUCAAGCCCCGUUCCCAUCGCCCUUUGCGGCAAGAGUCAGGUCAUGGCCACAAACUUCAGCUCCAGCAUGGAAAAGGAAGGCUACGAAGUAGUCCACACCUGCAACGACAUCGACUCUGCAAAGUCCACCCUACCCUCCCUGCUCUCCUCCUCUUCUGGCCCCGUCGCCGUCGUCAUCGGUAAAGGCUUUUACGAAUCUGAGAUGCAAGAGAUCAUUGAGCAUUGCAAGAGUGAAGCAAAGUCUGCAAAGACAGUCUGGUUGUUGCCUGACGAUGACAAGUUUUCUGCUUACAUGAAGCUCAAGGCUGUGGCUUCGGCUGGAACGAUGUUGCCUGGCAUGAUUGCCGAGAGGGCUGCUGAUGCGUUGAGGGAGAAUGGUGUUGUGGCUGGUGGUAGUCUUGAGGGUGUUAAGAGUGGUGUUCAUGGGUUCUAG